AUAUCUUUUAUAUUUCUUAGUCAAUGCCUUACUACAGUACGCUGAUAGAGAUGACUAUGUGCAUAGCGGUUCCUUUCAGGAGGCCAUCAAACCAGUGCUCAUCAUAGCUCAGAUAUUUGCUCUGAUGCCCGUGCGUGGCGUCAGCUCCAAGUACGCCGAAGAUCUGAGCUUCAGCUGGCUUAGCUUUCGCUCCUGCUACUCGCUGGUGGUCAGCAUAUUGUUUUUGAUUAGCUCUGGCUACAUGGCCGCCUUUGUGAUGCAUGUGAAUUUUGACUUUGACUCGGUGGAAACUCUGGUCUUCUAUGGCUCGAUCUUUGCAAUCUCGGUGGCCUUCUUUCAACUGGCAAUCAAGUGGCCAGCUGUAGUGAUUGAGUGGCAAAUGGUGGAGUCCCAGCUGCCGGCUCUGCGAACCGAAAAAGAACGUGGCGCCUUGGCUCAUCACAUUAAAAUGAUUGUAAUAAUUGCCAUGGGUUGUUCGUUGGUAGAGCACUUGCUGAGCAUGCUGUCCAGCAUCUAUUAUGUCAACGCUUGUCCUGUGCUGCCCAAUCGACCCAUUGACAGCUAUUUGCUCAUAGUCUUUAGCAUGUUUUAUCACUUUGUGGAGUACUCUACUACUUUGGGUGUGCUGGGCAAGAUUGUCAAUGUGUUGGCCACAUUCGCUUGGAGUUUCAAUGACAUCUUUGUCAUGGCUGUCAGUGUUUCUCUGCGUCAACUCAACGAUUAUAUGCUACGUGAAGCUAGAAUGCCCACUAGCGCUGACUACUGGAUACAGUGUCGCAUUAAUUUUCGCAAUCUCUGCAAACUUUGCAAUGUUGUCGAUGAUGCUAUUUCAGUCAUAACUCUGCUCUGCUUCAGCAACAAUUUGUACUUUAUCUGUGGCAAGAUAUUGAAGAGUUUGCAGAAGAAACCUUCUGCUUCUCAUACCGCUUACUUUUGGUUCUCCUUGGGAUAUUUGCUUAUACGCACUUUGAUACUCUCGCUUUACAGCGCCAGCAUUAAUGAUGAAUCUAAGCGACCUUUGCUCAUCUUUCGACUGGUGCCCAGACAAUACUGGACAUCAGAGCUCAAGCGCUUUUCGGAGGAAGUGCACAUGGAUCAGGUGGCUUUAACGGGCAUGAAGUUCUUUCGGCUAACUCGAGGAGUUGUCAUAUCGGUGGCUGGCACAAUUGUCACCUACGAACUGAUUUUGCUGCAGUUCAACAAAGCGGACAAAGUUAAUGAUUGCUAUGAACACUGA